AGAACUAAAACUAUUUUCAAACUACAUGUUUAAUUGAAUUGAGAAGUUCGUUUCCAACUUGAAACAAGGAUUGUUUUGUCAAAUCAUGGACAGCACUGCCAUGGAGCCAAAACGUGUUUUGAAACCAGUGAACACCAACAGUAUGGAAUCAGGUGACAGACAGCAAACAAAAGCAACAUGUGAUUCAGGAGGAACGCCUAUGUCAAGUCAAACCAAAAAUUGGUCACUGGAAGAUUUUGACAUUGGAAGACCUCUUGGAAAAGGCAAAUUUGGCAAUGUUUACCUGGCUAGAGAGAAAACAAGUAAAUACAUUGUGGCUCUGAAAGUCUUGUUCAAAUCUCAACUACAGCAGACUGGAGUAGAGCACCAGCUAAGAAGAGAGAUUGAAAUUCAGUCACACUUAAGACAUCCUAAUAUUCUGCGACUUUUUGGUUACUUCCAUGACAAAACCAGAGUUUACCUCAUUUUGGAGUAUGCGCCCCGAGGUGAGAUGUACAAGGAACUACAGAAAUGCACAAGAUUUGAUGAAAAGAGGACAUCAAAUUACAUCCAUCAAUUGGCGAAUGCGUUAAUUUAUUGUCACAGUCGUCGUGUCAUUCACAGAGACAUUAAACCUGAAAACUUACUGCUUGGGUUGAAAGGCGAUCUUAAGAUUGCCGACUUUGGCUGGUCUGUUCAUGCCCCUUCAUCAAGACGUACUACAUUAUGUGGGACAUUGGACUACCUGCCUCCGGAGAUGGUGGAGGGAAAGAUGCACGAUCAAAACGUCGACCUGUGGAGUUUGGGCAUCUUGUGUUACGAGUUCCUGGUGGGGAAGCCCCCAUUUGAGUCCGAGGGACACUCGGAGACUUACCGGCGCAUCACCAAAGUGGACUUGUCUUUUCCGAGUCAUGUGUCUGAAGGAGCCCAAGAUCUAAUAUCAAAGUUACUGCGUCACGAUCCCAAGAAACGUCUUCCUCUGACACAGGUGCUUGAGCAUCCAUGGAUCCAACAGCACAUUUCUGCAUCACAGCGUCAACCCACACCGGGCAGCAGCAACAGUGAACGCGGUGAUGUUUAACACAGACCAGUUGACCUAGCAUUCCACCUCCCCCUCACCGACCAGGAGUGAGAGACUGAUGAUGACAAGACUUUGUGAUAAUAUAACCCACCAUGUCCUUAACAAGUGCUUUCAUUCCACAGUUUUAGGCAUUACCCGAAUCAUGCACGUUGCACUUUGUAUACUGCACGUUUUACAGGGCUCAAACUUAACGGCAGCACCAACGGCAAUUUCCGUAGGUAGAGAGCAUCACUGAUGGCACUUUUGUGUCGAUAAAGCUCCUGAACAAUAGCGAAAUGUAUACAACUGGUAUACAUUAUCUGCCAAUAUUUAUUAUUUGCACAUUUAAAAGAUGUCUACAUGUAACAAGAUAGCCUUUCAGUCAGGUUUAUUUGCUGCAAAUUGCCAUAGGCAGGCUCAGAAUUGCCGUUGGUGGACUGUUUCACCCAUGGCAAUUCUUUUAAAAAUUGCGUUGGGAGACAAAUUCUUAAGUUCAAGCCCAGUAUUAUGUAGUGAUGGACCAUUAAGAUGUACAGUGUUCAUUGUUAGUAAGCAACCAUUUUAGAUGGUGCUGCAGAGCUCUAUGGUCACAACCACCAUUUACUUUUCAUGUUUACUGUUUUUUUUCAAACGGGCUGUUAAAGAUGAUGAAUGCUCUGGUUGUACAGCCUUUUGAAUAAGUGAAAAAGCACUGACCAAUUAUAAAAGAAUGUUUGCUGCAAUCUACACCCUUGGAAAAAAAUUUGGGGGGGGGGGGGGGGGGGGUUGGUGGGGAUUUGCAGUCAUAUUUCUUCUUUGCUAUCCUUUCUUCCACCCCUCCAUGUAUUUUAAAAAUAAACGACUAACUGACCUAACCCCUACUAAAAUAAGUUCAGGUAGUGGUGGAUUGCAGCAAAGAUUAUUUAAAGAAGGGCUAUCAUUAUACGAGCAGAUAAUUUCACCAAAAUUAUCUAUGAAACUUAGUGCAGAAACCUUUUCUUCUCCCCCCCCCCCCCCCCCCCCCCCCCCCCCCCCCCCCUUUGAGUGAAAUAUCGUAUCAUUACAAGAAAUUAUUUAGAUAAAAAGUUCAAUUAUUUUUAAAAUUUGCCAUUAAGUUUUUAACUUUCAUUUGGCAAGUGGUAGAGAAUGUUGCUAGUUGAUUUGGUUUCUACUGGGUGGUGACGUGCUGUGAAUUCACAUGGCCUUUGGAACACUGUUUAAUGGUUUACUGUGAACUGAGCUGUAGUAUGGAAAAAACAGAAUGCUGAGUUUUUACCGGUUUAUGCACUUCAUAUUAAAGUAACCAUACUGGGAAUCAAAAAUAUCUUUUGUGAAUAGUAAUGUUGCAUGUCAUUGCUGAACACGGGCUGGAAGUAUUCUGUUCAUCUCUUUAUGCCUUUUUAACACAUCAGUUUAUUAUUUCUUCCUCAUCCUACUUACUACUUUAGUCAAACUAUCUGUAAAAAAACACCCAAUGGCCAUGUAAAUAUUGCCUUUUAGUAAAGGUACCCUAUGCUCAUGUAAGUAUUGUCGUUAUGUAAAAGAACCCAGUGGUAGUGUAAAUAUUGCCUUUAUAUAAAGGCACCCGAUGGUCAUGUAAAUAUUACCUUUAUAAGCAGGCAGUCUCCCUAUAGCAGGGCCGUACCCUCCGGGGGGGCAGCUGCCCCCCC